GGAAGAUGCCUCUUUGUAGUACUGUGGUUUUUGUUAUCGUAGUUUAACGAUAGUUGAUAAAGUACAGUAAAAAUUUUAAAGAACCUUCUUGCUCGUUAUAUAAUACUUUGUUGAGAGAAACCAUCUGACUUUAGCAACAACGACUUUUAUUGAAAGAAACGUUGCUUGCAAAGAAAAAUACAAACGUUUCUUGUUUUUGAUUGAACAAGAAUUUUUUUUUUUUUGCUUUCUUGAUUUCGCAAGUGCGUUUUGCUUGAACGCUUCCAUUUCCAUUUCAGUUUGGCUUUUGGCUUGACCUGUUCUUUACUUUUCUUUGGUUUUUCUUUUUCUAGUUCGUUGCUCAUCUUCACCAUGGUCACGACCUUUGAAAUGCUCACUACCUGGAAUCCAGUCACGGCUUCCUUGCUCUCGCCUAUCUUGGUGUAUUGGAUUGCCUCUGGAUUCUUUGCUUUCCUGCAUUGGCUCAACUCGCCUUUUUUCGAAAAAUACCGUAUCCAUUCUCCCGAAGAGGUUACAAAGCGCAACCGUGUUCCCCAUCUGGCAGUCUUCCGUGCCGUCGUCUUUCAACAAUUCUGUGAAAUCGUCGUCGGUGUCGCUUUGGCCAUUUUUGAAGGUUAUCCCGAACCCGUAAACCAUCAAUUGCAACUCUUGCGCUAUCAAUCGUUUUUCGAAAAGUACUUUUCAUCUCUCGUCCAAGCUCUCCCUUUCCUUCCUUCUCUUGCCUACAAUUGCCUCGUCCCUCUGUUCCAAUACAUGUUUGCCUUUUUCAUAAUCGAUACUUGGCAAUACUUUUGGCACAGAUACUUGCACUACAACAAAAAGUUGUACAACAUGAUCCAUGCUCAUCAUCAUCGCUUGCAAGUCCCUUAUGCCAUGGGCGCCUUGUACAACCACCCCUUUGAAGGUUUGAUUUUGGACACUUUUGGCGCUGGUGUCGCCUAUCUUGUCGCCGGCUUGAGCCCCAACCAAGCCAUCGUUUUCUUCACCCUUUCUACUUUGAAAACCGUCGAUGAUCACUGUGGUUACCUCUUUCCUUACGACCCUCUUCAAAUCUUCUUUGCCAAUAAUGCCCGUUACCACGAUCUUCAUCACCAACCUUAUGGUUUCCAAAAGAACUUUUCUCAGCCUUUCUUUACUUUCUGGGACCACGUCUUGGGUACUUACAUGGCCCCCAAGGCUGAGAGUAUGAUUGAACGUAAAAUUAGAGGCGCUAAUAAUACCUUGGAUGUCAAAAAAGUCAAUUAAUCCUGCUAUAGUUGUUGUUUGCUCUUUUUUUUGUUUCUUUACUAACUUAAAUCCUCUAUUAAUUUUUUUUUCUAAUCUUCCAAUUUCGUACCAUGCAUGCUGCUACUGUUUGCCAUCGUUAUCGCAGUUUUUCUCUUUUUUGUUUGUUUAUUGGAAUCUUUUCAGGACACUUUCUCCAAUACCGUUCUCUUCUCCACUCAUUUUUUCGAUUUUCCUUUUUAAUUUAAUACUGUUCAGUUUGACUUCUCGCAAGUACCUGUGCAAGCUUUACUUCAUCCGAGUAUAAAUUAUUCAAUAUUUAUAAAUCUCAAAUUUUGAAGAAUGCAUUCCAAUCCUUGGAGUUUGCUUGGCUUUAAUCCUUCUUCGGUUCCACAUUCAAAAAGGGCUUUUUCCUUGACCGAUUUUCCCACUUCUUCGGCCUGUUUUUUUUUUCUAUGAACCAUGUAAAGGUUCGUUGCAUCGUACCGGUCUUUAUUUAUGCCAAUAGUAUUUUACUGUUUCUCAUCAUUUUCUUACCAUUAUUCAAAUAAAUUAUAAUUGUUUACCACAA